AGGAACCAACUUUGUUUGCUUUCCUGAUUCCUUAUGGAAACUCUAACACAAAGACUCACAGAAACAGCCUUUGAGGGAGUCAUGGGCAGCAACGUACAAUAAAGAAACCGUGUCCAUCCACCCAACCAAUGGUGGUUUAAUGCAUUUAGAGCGCUCUCUCUCUCUCUCUCUCUCUAUGUAUAUCUUCCACUAUUCAUUCAUUCAUUCAUUCAUUCAUUCAUUCAUUCAUGCCUUCUUCUCCAAGCUCACAGCUCCUCCUCUUGCGCCCUUUUCCAAACUGCGAGCCUCCAGUCUCUUUCUCUUGUUCAGUUCUUGGUCCUUGAAGAAAAAAAAAAUGCAUUUCUUAACCGCCGCGAAGAGCAUGCUUUGCCUUUCCUCUCUUCUACUACUCGUGGUUCCUUGUCCCUUGGGCCAAGCUGCAGGAGGCAAGCUUCUGGAGCAUUGUGGGUUCACCUCCAUCUACUGCUUCGGAGACUCCACGUUCGACAGCGGGAACGCCCUGGCCGAGUUCCCCGGUGGGCCCAUGGGCCGAUUCCCUUACGGCGUCACCAUCCAUCGUGCUACCGGCCGCUUCUCCGAUGGCUACACCAUCAUCGACUGCGUAGCCGAGGCGGCCGGGGUUCCUCCCCUGAACCCGUAUUUGAAGAGAGACGUGGAGCACUCGAAAGGAGCCAACUUUGCGGUGGGAGGAGUGGGGCUUUUGUCCAAGGAAGCUCGAGCCAAAUGGCACGUCAGGUUGCCCUUCUCCAAUAGCAGCGUGGACAUCCAGCUCAAGUGGUUCGACCGGCACCUCAACCAGGCCUACAGAAAUCAAACCGCCCGUCGGGAGCGCGUGGAUUCAUCACUGUUGGUGCUUGGUGGAGCCGGCAACGACUACGCCAACAUAGACCUCAAAUUCAGUUCUCUCCCUCGGGUCGACCAAAUGAAGCGAAUCAUGCCCGAUCUCUUGGCAACCACUGAGGCUUACGUCAAGAAGCUGAUAACUGAGUAUGGAGCCAGGCAGCGGCGGAUCCAGGAUAUAGUAGAGCACUGGGCCGUAUUUGAAUAGAAAAUUAGAAACCGUUAAAAAAAUGAUAGCUAUAAUUUUCAUUACAAUGUCAAUUGUACAUGACGAUUUUUUAUUUAGAAAAUUCAUAAAAUAAUUGAAUCUUCAUCCAUAACAAUAACAUACUCUUUCUCAAAGAAAAUAGUUAAGCAAUCCGCGGGAAAUUCAUCGCUCAUUUUGUUGCUUAAAUAAGUUUCACAUGUUUCAUUGUUGAAAAUAUUCUCUCCGUAGUAGCCGUUGGAACGAGCUAGGUUAACACUAGACGAAUCAACCGACAAAUCAAUGUGUAGUAUGUAUCCAUCCUUGUUUCCACCAGCUUCUCUAGUAAUUUUGCAAGAGAAGAAACUUCAUAUUCUUGGCUAUGAACCACAUGAGUGGUGUAAUAUCGUAGAUCAUUCUUCAAAGAAUGCAUCUAAUAGCCUUCGAAGUCUCGAUGAUAAACUCUUGAGCAAGUUUGUAAAUAUUUUCUUCAUAAAAAAUCAAAAAUAACUUUUAGGAUCUAGUGAACCCCUCAACCGAAGCAAUUUAAAUGAUGACUCAACAAGUUUGUUAAUAUUUUUUUCAUCAAAAGACUGGAAAGAAAAUCAGCUCCUGACGAACUAGCGAAGGAAUCCGUUUCAGGUUCGUUCGUCUCAUCGUUCUAAUUUUUUUUUGGAAUUGGAGGAAUUUUUUGGGGUUUGACAGAGUGUUUGAGGUUUAGUUUAGAGUUUUUAUUUCAAUUAAACUUUCGACUUUUAGUCUGUUACGAGUAAGACUUUUAAGUUUCAUUAUUCAUUUUAUUCUUUUCAAAUGAAAAUUAUUUGGGCUAGAAUUUUUAGUCUAAAUUGAGAGUAGUGGUUUGGAUAUGUUUAUUUAUACUAUUUUUCAAGUUACACAAAAUCUUAUUAUCAAAUAAUACUGGACCGAAUUU